AUGGUGACUUCACACGAGUCAAGCCAGCCCGUUGAAUUACAAGGGGCUGGAGAGAAAUCAACGUCAAGAUCACCUAGUCCACCUCGUCGGAGUGAAUCUAGAAGUCCACCAAGAGUUCCUUCGCCCCCUCAAUCUGGUGAGAACAGGCUAAGACCAGCUGGAGAUAUCCUCAAUCGUAUCAACUGGGACUCCAAGUUCAGCCGUGACGACUACAUCAUUGGGUUUGUAGAUCGAUUCGAGGGACAAUUGGAAGUCAGCAUGAACUCGUGGAAGAAGGAGACUACCGACGAAGAGUUCAUUCCGCAACACCGUGUGUUGUACAUUCGACACGUCAGUGGGGAGAUUGUUUGGGAUCGUCGGCGUCGCAUCGACAAGAUUUUCAAUAGCGGCAAUUCGGCAUUUAGCGAGCUGGCGUUUUUGAAUUGA